CUGCAGCCGACCCACUUCUGCCGCUCUACCUUCUGGACUCAUUUUCCAGGCAAUAAGUCCGCACAACCCGCUCCUGGUCACAUGUCAGCCCAUGCAGCAGAAACGGGAGUGACGGAGGCUCACAACCCGCCCUCCCUCUCGCCGUCCCCUCCUCUGGCGGCCAAUGGAGCCGCGGAGCGGGGACGAGCCUUCAGUGGGAGCCUCUCGGUUUCCACUACAGUCAUGUGACAGCCACAUAGUAGAACUCCGAGGGAGCAGAGCGGACGGACCGCUGCGCUGCGUGGAUCGGUGAACCCCGUGUGGAUAAACUGCUGCUUCUCCGACCCAGAGGGAUGACGAAGAGCCCCCGGAGUCUCCCCGGACCCGGACCCGGACCCUGACCACGAAAUCCGGCAUCCAGCCUGGACACCUCUGGAUUGUUUCCUGUACGGCUUUGAGGUUCUCACUGGAGUGGGGAGGGUGACCUUGGUUACUUUAGUUUAUUUGGUCUACCCCUCUCCACGGCCAAGGACAAGUUCUCUCGUACCUGUGUGAACACAGACUGCAGAAUCCAGGCAGAGGAAGUAAUUUGGCCCGGGAUGGUGGAUAACUCUCCAGCGAGCGGAGAGACUUCCCUUCCACUCAGCUGUUAUCUACGAGCCUACAGCCCUUUAGACAUGGUGUCGGACCUCGGCUCCUACCAGGUGAUUCCGUCACCAUUUUCAGACGACGAUGUGAGCGUGCUAUCCAGCCCUCGCUCCUGCUCCAGCCCAGAGUCGCCGGAGCUCAGCUCUAGCUGUGGAAGCAGCUCCAGCGCUGAAAGCCAGGACAGCAUCCUGGACCACCUGCUGUCCCAGACCUCCUUAGGAAGCGCUGGCAGAGUUUCUGCUGUACUCGAGCCACUAAACGCCUUCCAGUGGGACUCCAGAGGAGAUGGGCUGUCCAAACACGAGCCGGUGGAGGAGGAAGACUUUAACUUUCCCACUUGGUCAAAUGUGGAGACAGCAGAACAGCUCGGAGGGUCAUUCCAUCCGACACUGGAGGAGAUUGAAGAAUUCCUUGAGGAGAAUAUGGAGUUGGUGACGGUGAAGCAGGAGGGGUUUGAUGUUGGACCAGAGGAAACUUUUGGUUUAGAUGGGGGUCUGGAGUGUUGCAGGGCGUCCACUUCGGAUCUCAAGUUGGAGCCAGAUGCCAAGCAUUCAGACCAAACUGUCCCCACCGCCGGCACCUCUGGUCCAGCAACGGCGGCCUUGCCCGUCAGCAAAGCAUCAUCAGUCAACCCAACGCAUAAAUCUGACGCAGGUGCCAAGAAAACCUCAACCAACAAACCGUCUUUAGAAGACAGGUCCACUAGCAGCAGUGGGACGCCCGUCGUCGUCCAGAUUCAGCCCAUCCGGGUGAAGCAGGAGCCCACGCUGACCCAGGUUACUCCAGCAGCCCCGCCCUCACAGCCUGGACCCAUCUCAGACAUCAAAAUUGCACAGCUGCUGGUCAACAUCCAAGGACAGACUUUUGCCCUGGUGCCCCACAUCAUGCCAUCCCCCAGCCUCAGUGUCUCCAAGUUCGUGCGGAUUGCGCCAGUCCCCAUUGCAGCCAAGCCCCUCGGGCUGGGGGAGAGCGCUGCCAGCCAGGCGUCGGCCAUUCUCAUUGGAGGUCAAAGGUUCCAGAAGAGUCCCGUCGCAGAUCUCAUUAAAAUGCACAAGUGCUCUUUUCCUGGCUGCAACAAGAUGUACACAAAAAGCAGCCACCUGAAGGCCCACCUGAGGAGGCACACUGGGGAAAAGCCGUUCGCCUGCAACUGGCAGGGCUGCGGAUGGAGGUUUUCCCGGUCUGAUGAGCUGUCCCGUCACAGGAGGUCCCAUUCGGGUGUCAAACCCUACCAAUGCCCUGUGUGUGAGAAAAAGUUUGCCCGCAGUGACCAUCUGUCGAAACACAUCAAAGUCCACCGAUUUCCACGAAGCGGCCGGACAGUUCGCUCGGCCAACUGACUCUUCCGUGUUCUUCCAGGGAUCGCAGGGGAGGAUCAACUCCUCAGAGUAAUACACCACAGAAGCAUUGUGAGGAUGCGUGCGUACUUGAACCUCAAAACCUUGCUCUAAAUCGGAGCUGUCUGGGAUUUGCUGUAAUCAACCGGAAACCCAGGGACGGCCGACUUCCACUAACCCCUCCAGCAGUUUGAAACAAGCCGCCAUUGCUUAGUUUCUCUGGAACAGCUGUGUCUGCACUGAUGUUUGUUCUGUCUGUUCUGUCAGCAGAAGAUACGGUAAGCUUGUUUUCAUUUAGUCCGGACGAUGCCAGCAGGGGCCUUCACUGCAGGCCUAAACACCUUCAGGAUCCCUACAACCUCAAUUAUAUCUUCAAUUGAACGUCACAGAUUUACUUCCAAUAGUAAGUACUGGAAGUAAACACUUCCAAUACCUGUAACUAUUCUCUUGGCUCCACUGCUUCCUGCACAUGUCUAAGUGGAUUAUUGAUGUUUCACCCAAUCAUAUUUCAGUCUCUAUGUGUUGCCAGGGUCAAUCUUAUCGGCCUGCAGAAUCAGUAGAGCAGGCCCACUGUCAGUAAGCAAACAGUUCAUCAACUUUCAGAUUCGCCGACUAGAAAGACCACAGUGACGUCAGAAGUUUUCCGGUCUCUGAUUGGACAGUCAGACCGACCAUAUAAGCCCCAAGUUUUCCAUACAUGCUAGGCUACGUGAUGGUGGAGCAUUUUCUCCAUGGUUACUAAUGGUCAGACGCAUACCUUCUCCAUAAUUCUAUAUUUGAUAUUUUUGUAAUCAUAAUUACUUAUAAAGUGAACGUUAAUCUUCUUACCUUGUAAAAAGCGUUUGCUGCAAAUCCGCAGUUACACCGACGGCUGCCAGUCAUUAUGACUGACGGCUGAUAUCCAUCGCUGCCAUAUCUUUCCUCAUUAAUAGCUGUACAACAAAAUAAGUUUGGUUUUUAUCCUUGUCUGUUUGUUUACACAGCCGACUGCGCAGCGUCCUUUGACAACUUUUAAAGUGAAAUCAACUAAAUAACAGCGAUAAUAGGUUACAGAUGUCUGUUUUUUGACAGGCUUUACAGAAACAUUUAGGUUGUGUUGACGUCCGUCAUGGUGGAGCGGACCGAGGUCUGAACAGCGUGACGUCACGUGCAACUGUAACAUUAUCCUGUGGCAGAUUUAAAUGGUUAACACUCUCUGAAGGCCCAGAAACUAAAUGCCACUGGGAUUAUGUGGCUAGAAGUCGUGUCUAGUCUGACUUCUAGUUUUUUCUGUGCUGAUUUAGACAUUUCAUCUCUGACAGAAUCUUUGGAUCCCGACUGGCAGGGACUAGAGAGGUAAUAUUCACUGCAAAACACAAAAUCUUACCCAGUAAUUUUGGUCUAGUUUCUAGUGCAAAUAUCUUAGUACACUUGAGAU